AUGGGUGAAAUCGAGGAGCCAAACAUCACAGAACUAGUGGAUCGCAUCGGGCGAAUUCCCCUAUGCACAGAUGACGAUUAUGACUUUCAAAAAUUGGAAAUUCUGGAUGAAAUGUACCGGAAAAGCUACGAAAUCUUCAAUGAGAUGCGCUCAAAGUGUCAGCUAUGUGAUGUGGCGCUGGUGGUGGAGAGCCGGAAGCUCUCGGCGCAUAAGGUAAUUCUGGCCGCUACAAUUCCAUAUUUCCGCGGGAUGUUCACUCUGGACAUGAUGGAAGCCAGUAUGAAGGAGAUUAAAAUUGAAGAUAUGAACUACGAGACUGUAGAUGCCCUGUUAUCAUUUGCGUACACCGGGGAGCUCAGGAUUUCGACGAGCAACGUCCAAUCGAUAAUGUUGGGCGCCAACUUCUUCCAAAUGCAAGAAGUCGUUCAGCACUGCGGAGACUUCCUUAUCACACGUCUCCAUCCCUCAAACGCCCUGUCCAUCAGGGAUUUUUGUAAACUAAUGAAUGUGGAUAGGAAUGUGACGAAUAAGACUGAAGAUUUCAUUCAAAAACAUUUCACAUCAGUCGCGAAGGAUGAGGAUUUCAAGAAAUUAUCACUAGAAGAUACAGUAAUCCUUUUGGAUAGUGAUAAUUUAUAUGUGGAUUCUGAGGAGCAGAUAUUCAAUGCAGCAAUGGAAUGGCUGAAAUAUGAUAAAACGAGGCAUCAGGACGCGGCAAAAAUCCUCCUGUGCGUCCGCCUUCCAUUGCUCAGCCCAACGUUUCUCUCGUCGGCAGUCGCCACGAACUCAAUUAUCAAAAAGGAUAUACCGUGUCGGGAUUUGAUCGACGAAGCGAAAGACUAUCACCUUCUACCGGAACGCCGCCAAUUCUUAAAAUCUUUUAAAUGCUGUCCGCGAGCAUGUCAACGGAUUCCUGGACUAAUUGUGGCGAUCGGAGGUCUAAUGCAUCAGAGUCAAUCGAAAUCGUCGGUCGAGAUUUAUAAUCCUAUUCAGAAGAAAUGGUCAUCGAUCGAAGGAGUAACCACAUUGAGGACUCGUGUGGGUGUAGCUGUCCACAAGAGACAAGUGUAUGCAAUUGGAGGAUUUAAUGGGCAGGAUAGGAUGGAUUUGGUAGAAAAAUUCGAUUAUGAUACGUUGAAUUGGGUUAAGCUUUCCCCUCUGAACAGAAAACGGUCCGCCUUGGCAGCUGCAUUUGUCUCAAAUCGACUAUACGUUUGUGGUGGAUACGAUGGAAAUCAUAGUCUAUCCACAAUGGAAAUUUAUGAUAUUAACAAGAAUAUCUGGGAACCCGGACCACCGAUGGAGAAUCAGAGGAGUGCCGCGGGGGUUACGGUACUUGGGAAACAUAUUUAUGUUUGUGGUGGUCACGAUGGGAUGCAAAUAUUCGGAAGUGUCGAACGUCUAGACACCGAAUCUCAACAAUGGGAACGAAUUCCGUCGAUGAUUCAACAGAGAUGUCGUUUUGGGGCGGCAACGUACAAAGGGAAAAUUUAUGUGGCCGGUGGUUAUGAUGGAACGUCUUUCUUGAAAUCUGUGGAGGUUUACGAUCCAAUUGAGAAAGAAUGGGCUCCCUGCUCGGCGAUGAAUAUGAGGAGAAGUCGAGUUUCAUUGGUGGCAACCAAUGAGGGACUGUUUGCAGUUGCUGGAUUCGACGGUGAGAACAAUUUGUGCUCAAUGGAGCAAUACGACGAGACAACGGAUCAAUGGACCAUCUCAACACCAUUAACAUGUCAUGAGGGUGGUGUUGGUGUUGGUGUCAUCCCAAUGCCCCCGCAUAUGUUGUAG